CUCGGGGCAAAACUGAGGCGUUUAGGGCUUAUUUGGUUUUUUCCCUUGUCAUUUUGUGCUGUGUCAGUUGUGAGCUUGAAUCUCAAACUCUCUUUCCAUGGAGCAUUGACCAUUUUUCUCUUCCAAGCUCCGCUGCCCCCUCUUCAGAUACCAGCGCCUCAAUUCUUAAAGGGGGUCCCGGAACAAAAACAAGGUUACUCAUCAUUAUUUUUCCUGUUGUUCAAUACAAUUUGAACUGCAUGCCCAAGUUGGUCAAGAUUGAUACAAGACGGGAUGGACCUAAUCCUGUGGCCGAGACUCUUGCGAAGUGGAAAGAGUACAACGACCAUUUGGAUUCAUGCAAUGAUGAGGUUGGACCGUUCCGUAGAGUACCAGCCAAGGGAUCAAAGAAGGGAUGUAUGAAGGGUAAGGGAGGACCUGAGAACUCUCGCUGUAACUACAGAGGUGUUAGACAGAGGACAUGGGGCAAGUGGGUUGCAGAGAUCCGGACACCCAACAGGGGAAGUAGGCUCUGGCUAGGCACUUUUCCAACUGCCAUUGAAGCUGCUCUUGCUUAUGAUGAAGCGGCAAGGGCCGUGUAUUGUUCUGCUGCCCGGCUUAACUUCCCUAAUAUCUCAAUUUCCACUUUAUCAAAGGAAUCUUCAUCAACAAAAACUCUGUCAUCCCUUCCCUUGUUAGCAUCAUCUGCAGGUUCAGAAUCCUCAGCGAGAUCAGACCACUCGGGGGAUUGUGCUGAUCAGGAUGAGGAUCAGGUGAAUGGUCUUUCAUCUAAUGUAGAGAAUGAUGAUACGACAAAUGUAGAUCGAACAAAUGAGGAUCGAGAUGAUGAAUGAAGAGUCGGUCUUUGAUCUUCUUGGGCAUAAUGUACAUAUUCAGCAUACAUGCUCGGUGAUUGUGGGAGAUGAGCAAUUUUUUAUUUUAUCAGUCGAAGUACACUUGGGUUGGAUGAAGUUUUCAUUCGUUCCAAUCUGUUGUCUUUUGAUUUUAUAAAGCGAUUUAAGAUCUGCGUCCUUCA